AUUAAGCCAUAAUAAACACGCAAUUUCUUAUACAAACCAUCCCACGAACCGGCAUGUUUAAAGCAUUUUCAAAAACCUUCCUCGGCGGCCACCGUCUCUCCAACUUCAGACCCACCGCGAAAAUCCCUUUCCACCACCACAUCACUCUCUCCCCUAUGUCAACCGCCGCCGCCGCCGCCGCCGUCAAGCGCGUGGGCACCCACAACGGGAGCUUCCACUGCGACGAAGCCCUCGGCUGCUUCAUGAUCCGCCUCACCAAAAAGUUCUCAGACGCUCACAUCGUCCGCACGCGUGACCCGCAGGUAUUAUGUUUGAUGAAAUGUGCCUUUGAACUGUAUCAGGUUUUGGAGAGUCUUGAUGCUGUGCUUGAUGUGGGUGGGGUUUACGAUCCCACCAGAGACCGAUACGAUCAUCAUCAGAAGGGUUUUGAAGAGGUUUUUGGGCAUGGCUUUGAUACUAAGCUCAGCAGUGCUGGUCUUGUUUAUAAGCAUUUUGGUAAAGAGAUAAUAGCUAAGGAACUUCAAGUGGAUCAAGAACAUCCAGAUGUGCACCGAUUGUUUCUGGCAGUUUAUAAGAGCUUCAUGGAGGCAAUUGAUGCCAUCGACAAUGGAAUCAAUCAGUACGACACUGACCAACCCCCAAGAUAUGUGAAUAGUACACACUUGUCUUCACGGGUAGGAAAACUGAAUUUGGAUUGGGUAGAUCGUGAUCAGUCAUCUGAGAAGGAAAACGAGGCCUUUGAAAAAGCAAUGGCUCUUGCUGGGGGAGAGUUUUUGGAUAGCUUACGUAGUCAUGCGAGAUCAUGGCUACCUGCUCGGUCAAUUGUGAUUGAAUGUCUUGAAGCGAGGCUGGAUGUUGAUCCAAGUGGAGAAAUUAUGGUUCUCAACAGAUUUUGCCCGUGGAAGCUUCACUUGUUUGAGCUCGAGGAAGAAUUGAAGACAAACCCACCUAUCAAAUAUGUGCUUUAUCAGGCAGUGGCAAUAGCACCUGAUAGAUUCGAGAGCCGAAAGGCACUUCCUGCUCAGUGGCGUGGUCUGAGGGAUGAUGAGUUGUCCAAAGAGUCGGGAAUUUCUGAUGGGGUUUUUGUCCACAUGAGCGGAUUUAUUGGCGGGAAUAGAACGUUUGAGGGUGCACUUGCAAUGGCUAAAGCUGCUCUCAAAUUC